UAAUUUAUUACAUACAACAAAAAAUAAAUAAAUAAAUAAAUAAAUUAUUGUUACAUUCAACGAAUUUACUUUUAAAAAAAUAAUAAAUUUAUAGUUAUAUAUUGUAAUACUUAUAAAUCUAACUUUUUAUCAAAAAAUAAUAGAAAUUAAUAUUAAUAAUAUUAAAUAAAAUAAAAAACAACUAUUUAAAUCACAACAUGAAAUAGAAAUUUUUUUUUUAUUUAGUAUUAUUUUAUAAUAUAAUAAAAUAAAAUAAUUGUAAAACUAUUUAUAAAUAACUAUUUUUUUUUCAAACAAAUAAUAAAAUAAAAUAUAAAAUAAUUUUAUUAUUUUUUUCUCAACUAAAACUAUUUAAAUUUUAAUAAUAAUAAUAAUAAACUUUUUGUAUUUUCUAAAAUAAAAUUAAAUAAAAUAAAAUAUUUUUUAAAUAUUUUUUUAAUAUUUUAUUUUUUUGUCUUUAUUAAUUCUUUAAAAGGAAAUAAAAAGAACCUUCUCUUCAUUUAAAUUAAUUUUUUUUUUUUUGUAAAAAUACUUAAAAAUUGUCUUUUUGUUUAAUUUAAAAAUAAAAUUUUUAAUUCACAAUUUUAAAUUUAAAUCAUAAUACAAUAGUAAUAAUAACAAAAAUAAUUAUAAUAAUAAUAUAUAAAUUCAAAUAAAUAAUAAAAUGUCAGUAAUAUCAGUCGGUAAUAAUAAAAAUGGUCAAUUAGGUAUUGAAAAUAUUAAAGAACAUUUAGAACCCAAGGUAUUGGAGAGUUUAAAAGGAAAAGUUAUAGUUAGUUGUUCAUCAGGAGAGGCACAUAAUAUAUGUGUAUCUAGAUUUGGCGAUGUAUACAGUUGGGGUAGAGGUAAAGAAGGCCAACUAGGCGUACCAGAAAAAAUGUUAUUUUCAACAAAACCAAAUUUAAUUAAAACAUUAUUACACGAAAGAGUAGUUAAGGUAGCAUGCGGAAAUUUUCAUUCGUUGGCAUUAACCGAUCAAGGUAGAGUAUAUGAAUGGGGUCAACUUCAUAAAAUUGAUGACUCAAAGACCGGUCUAGAAGCAACAAAUGGUUUAUUAGAAAUGCCAGGUAUGUCAAAACCAAAAUACCAAAGUAUCAUUGAAAACUCAGUCUCUCAAUAUCUUAAUGGUGAAAAAGAAAUUUACGAUAGUACAAGUGGUAAUAACGAUGAUGACGAUGAGGCCUCAACUUCCGAGCAAUCUAAAGGCAAACAUAUUGGUAAAAUUAUCGAUUAUAAUCAAACUACACCAAUUCAAGUUCAGGGUUUAUUGGCCAACGAAGAAGUUAUUGAUAUAAGUGCCGGUUGGGCUUUUUCUGCUGCUGUUACCAAAAGUGGUAAAAUAUUUACUUGGGGUUUCAAUGAAAAGGGUCAAUUGGGUUUAAAACAUAGAUGGUUCAAUUCCUCCCCUCAAUUAGUCAAAACUUUACUCGAUGUUAAAAUUGUUAGUGUCUCAUGUGGUAGACAACACAUUGGUGCUGUAACAGAAGACGGCGAUUUAUAUACAUGGGGUCUUGGUGUAUUUGGUCAGUUGGGUCAUUCAAAUGUUAAAAGUUAUUUACACCCAAAAAAAGUAGCUGCUUUUAGUUUGAAUGGUAUUCAAGUUUCUCAAGUUUCUUGUGGUUCAAAUUUUACAAUGGUUCUUGGUAGAAAUCAAAUUUUAUAUGCAUUUGGCCAUGGUGAAUAUGCACAACUAGGCGCUACUGAAGAAACACAACAUUUAGAUAUGGGUAGUAGAGAUAAUCAUUUUAAAUACUCUUCACCAAAAGUUGUUGAAGCAUUAGAAGAUAAAAAGAUUAAAUAUGUCACUUGUGGACAUUUACAUACACUAGCAUUAACCGAAGAUAAUGAGGUAUAUGUAUGGGGUUGGGGUUCAAGUGGUUGUUUGGGUUUAAAUUCAAAAAGAUUCCAAUUGGUACCACAGUUAGUCACCUCCAUUUCUGGUGAAGAAAUUUCAUGUAUUUCAGCCGGUGAAAAACAUUCAUUAAUUGUUCGUGGCUCUGAUUUAACUUCAUUUGCAUUCGAUUAUAAAGGAUUAGUCAAUGAAAAGAAAUACAGCGAUAUUUCAUUCACUGUUCAAGAAAAAAAAGUUUUUGCCCAUUCAUUCUUUAUUAAAACUCGUUGUCCAAAGCUAUAUUCAAUGAUAUUGCUUAAUAAAAGAUAUAUCAGUAAUACCCCAAAGGAAAAAGAAUACAAUGAAAAUGGUCAAUUAAUUGAAUCAGUCGAUAUGGAUCCAUCAAUCAAAUAUCAAAUAUUUAUUGGCUUCUUAAAUUAUAUUUAUACCGAUCAUUUAGUUAUUGCACCUCAUCUUAGAGGUGAACUUGCUGCAUUGGCAUUAAAAAUGGGUUUAACACGUUUAGCCGCUCUUUGCAAAUCGUACACCUAUAGAUUAAGAAAGGUUGAGAAGAUUCCAGAAUCAACAUUCUCCAAAGAAAUAAUUGAAAGUAUCAACGAAUUAGAAAAAGCAGAUCUAAAAUUCAAAAUCAAACCAACCGAUGACUGUUCAAUUCCUGCCCAUAAGUUUAUAUUGGCCCAAAGAAAUCUUUACUUUAAAACAAUGUUCGAAUGCUCAUUCAAAGAAAAGGACCAAAAUGAAUUUUUAGUUGGUGAUGAAAUAAAUGAUGAAAAGACUUUCAAGCUAAUAUUAGAAUAUAUUUAUGGUAACAACGAAAACAUUAUAAAUGAUGAAAAUGCUGUAGAUAUCCUAUGCUUAGCCGAUAGAUUUAUGAUUGAAGACUUAAAGUAUCUCUGUGAGCACCACUUGGAGCAAAUGGUAUUAUCAAAUAAAAAAAAUCUAUUCAAUUUUGUCAAUUAUAAACAACCACAAGAACAAACCAAGUCAAUAGAAAUUAAACAAGAAAAAGAACAAGUAGCAGUAGAACAAGUGCCAUCAACAGUACAAAAAGAACAGAACGAAAGGGAAUUAUUUGAUAGUGGUUUAAUUGCAUUUGACAAUAUUUGCAUUUUAAUGCAAAUUUCGGAUAGAUUUUUAUCAAAACGUUUAAAGCGUAUUUGUAUGGAAACUAUUAGUUUAAUCGAUUCAGAAAUCUUUAAAACUUUAAAUAUCAAUGGUACAUUAAAAGAAAUUAGAAAUGGCCUCUCCAUCUUUAAUUAGAGAAUUAGACCACUUUACAACUAAAUUUGGUAAAUUCCAAGGUUCAUCCUUAAUAGCUUUAAUAAGAUAAUCUUUUAAUUAUAUAUAAAAAUAAUUUACAACUAAAAUAAUAAUAAUAACUAUAAAUAAUAUCUAUUUAUUAUCUAUUUAUUAUCUAUUUAUUUUAUCUAUUUAUUUAAAAAAAAACCAAUAAAAUGUAUAUAGUAGAUCAAAAUUAUUUAAAUAUUUAAAUAAUAUAU